GCGCUACGGGGCGGCGGAGUGGCCAGCCGCUGCCGCUUCGCCGCGGCGCCGAGCCGGGAGGCAGCGCGCGGCCGCCAUGCCUCGCUACGCGCAGCUGGUGAUGGGUCCGGCGGGCAGCGGGAAGAGCACGUACUGUUCCACCAUGGUGCAGCACUGCGAGGCGCUCGGCCGCGUCGUGCAGGUGGUCAACCUGGACCCGGCCGCGGAGCUCUUCAGCUACCCCGUCAUGGCAGACAUCCGCGAGUUAAUAGAAGUGGACGAUGUUAUGGAAGAUGAUUCCUUAAGGUUUGGUCCCAAUGGUGGCUUGGUGUUUUGUAUGGAAUACUUCGCCAAUAAUUUUAACUGGCUGGAGGAGAGCCUUGGUCAUGUGGAAGAUGACUAUAUAUUGUUUGAUUGCCCAGGUCAGAUUGAACUCUAUACUCAUUUACCAGUGAUGAAACAGCUUGUGGAGCAGCUUCAGCGGUGGGAAUUCCGUGUGUGUGGAGUUUUUCUUGUUGAUUCUCAGUUUAUGGUGGAAUCUUUCAAGUUUAUCUCUGGAAUUCUGGCAGCGCUCAGUGCAAUGAUAUCUUUAGAGAUUCCACAGAUCAACAUCAUGACCAAAAUGGAUUUGCUGAGCAAGAAAGCGAAGAAGGAAAUAGAAAAGUACUUAGAUCCAGAUAUGUAUUCCAUGAUUGAAGAUUCUACAAAUAUAUUAAAAAGCAAAAUGUUUAAGAAACUGACCAAAUCCAUAUGUGGUUUGAUUGAUGACUAUGGUAUGGUUCGAUUUUUACCAUUUGAUCGCUCUGAUGAGGAAAGUAUAAACAUAGUUCUGCAGCACAUAGACUUUACCAUUCAGUAUGGAGAAGAUCUUGAAUUUAAAGAACCAAAGGAAUAUGAAGAAGAUAAAUCUGCUCUUGUUGAUGAAUAUUUUCAAGAUCAUGUGGAUGAGUAAAAUACAUUUGAAUGUAUGCAUGUUUUUCUCAAGAGGAAAAUAUCUUGGUUGUAAAAUAUGUCAAAUAUCAUGUUUGUGUAGUUGGUUUUUUUUAAUCUGUAAGUUAACUAAAAUUUCUAAUUAAAAGUGAUCCUGUAUGAUCUCAUAAUUAUUUUAAUAAAUAAUUUCAUUCUUAUGUCUGUGGUAUAAAAUAUGUAUGUAUUACUGCCGCUGUAUCUAAGUUCCCAACGUACAGUUGUCUCAUUUAAGCAAAGCACAUUUGGAAAAAAUCAGUUGUUUGCAGAACAGCCACAGCCAAAUACAAAUAAUUUAUAAUAAA